AUUGACUGAAUUGUGGAUGAGUAAAGGUAUAACACGUGCACACAAAACAGCAACUAUUAAGUUAAGAAGCUUACCUCAACAUUGUACUGUACCUGGAUGAAGGUACGCAUAAUACGUGGUACGUGAAACGAUGCAAUAAAAUAGGUAACUAGUCAUCAGGAGGUAAUUAUGAUAGGACUGAAUCAAAAUGUGUAAACAGGUUACAGCACAGUACUGUCGUAUAAGGCUGCGAGGGAAAAACAUAGAAACUGUCACAGCACACAUUCCAACACUAUCAUACUCACCCUCAACUGAAAUACGCGGUUUGUGUAACCAAGCAAUAGUAUGAUUGUUUUGGUAUAAACAAAAGCAGCCUCGUAGAACAACCCACAUAUCAUAAACCUAAUCAGAUGUGUGUAUUAGUUCAAUAAUGAAUGGCUAUAUUUAACAUUAAAAGUCGACAUGAAAGAAUUGAAAACUGUAUUGGAACUCGUCCGGGCAGUGACGCAGAUUCCGUUUCCGGCACAUGGGGCGUUAACAAAAGGGGAUCGCUUGCCGCGUGCGCUCUCGCGCCGUGUUUUGCGGUACCGAAAACUUAAGUUACAUUUCUUGUGUUUUGUUUAACGACUUACUUCUGCAUAUUUGGUGAAAAUGGAGGCGUUUACCCAGCUUCUCCUGGAAUAUCCGGAAUUCAUGUACAGUGGAGUAGGAGCUACGGCGUCUGUCGCCGUUGGAGCGCUGAUAUACAAACUAGCCACCAGAAAGAAACCGACCCAUGCAGAUGUGAACUGCUGGUUCUGUAACCAGAACUAUGUGGUACCCUUUGGGAACAGAAACUGUUGGGACUGUCCAAACUGCGACCAAUACAAUGGCUUUCAGGAGAAUGGGGAUUACAACAAACCCAUACCAGCUCAGUACAUGGAGAAUCUAAACCAUGGCAUAUCUGGUAGCCUUCCCUCGACACCGAAGACACAGCAGACGGUCAGCAGUCAGAUGCUCCUGUGCAGGAAGUGCAAUAAGAACCAGACAUUUGUCAUCAAACAGUUGGCCUCAUUUAUCCCAAGGAAUGAUGAUAACUACGAUGAGGAAAUUGAAGCCUACAAGCACCACCUGGAGCAGACCUAUAAGUUAUGCAGGCCAUGUCAGACAGCAGUGGAGUACUACAUCAAAUUUCAAAACCGCCACCUUCGAACGGUGCUCCUAAACCAUCCUCUUCAACGCAGCGGAGAAUCUGACAAGGGCUUUGUAAAGAGCUCCUAUUCUGUGUCCUCUCCUACGGAAGUCAUACUGUUCCGGGUCCUUACCUUCCUCAUAUGCACUUUCCUAGUCGCUACAUCUUUGUCUGCCUUGCCAUACCAGCUUACGUCACUUGGAGACCCACAGAUAUUAAGUGGUGGGGUUAUUCCCCCGAAACCUACUCCAAACAAUGAAUCAGCUCCCAACAACGACAGCAGUGGAGGCGUGCCCUUGUGGCAGGACCUGCUGGACCUGCUCCCAGAGGAGGCCAUAGAUAACGCCAAGCUGGUGUGGCAGCAUGGGAAGAACAACCAGCUGGCUAUAGUCUGUGUUGGCCUGUUGGCGUGUCUUACUGCUAUCUUGUUAGCAGGACCUGUAAGGUUGAGGAGAAUUGAUGCUGUGGCGUCUGUGCUCUGGUUCCUCAUCCUAUGCCUCCACCUGUCAGAGAUCUACCUUACUGAUGCCUCAGGCUGGACGGAAAUAGCCAAGCUCAGUAUCAUCUGCCUCUGUUGCCUAGUCAGCUUUGCUGCGGCUGUGGCAACGCGCAAGCCACUGGGUCCAAGGAGAGGCAGAUAUCGAAGAUACCUUGCAGGCAGCUCUGCAGUCCCCCCCUUUGGCAGCCAGCCUCCUUUGCUCACUCCGGACCUGGUAGACUCCUUCGUCCCCACCCUGCCACCCAACUUCUCCAAGCUCCUCAACCGCCAACAGAGCCCUCGCGAGCGCAAGGCGUCUCCCUCCUCUCUGCCGGGCCGCCUCAGCAGAGCCCUCCGCCUCGGCACCAUCCCAUCCCUCACCAGGACGGAUUCUGGUUACCUGUUCAGCGGAAGCAGACCAGCCUCACAUUACAAAGACUCCCCACCCUCAGACUACUUUUCACUGAUAUCUGGGAGCCGUCCAUCAUCCCCGGGGCCCUCUCCAGCUCCCUCAGUCGCCGGGUCAGUUACGUCCAGUUCAGGUUCUGCCAGACUCCGGCGCCCCCUCAUCAGCCCCGCCCGCCUCAACAUCAGCGGUCGGAAACUCCGGCUUUUCUCAGGGGAGCAAGAAGCCACGCUCAUGUCCCCAUCUGUGUCUUCUUCACAUUUCCAUUUCAAUUCGGCCUCUUCCAUUUACAGUGGCUGCUUCUCCCCUGACGUAUCUCCCUUUCAAAGUCAAAAUGAUUUGAGUUCUCUGUUUAGGGACGGCAGUGUGAUUGAAGAGGAAGAGAAGCAGGGCAGUUCCUCUGAUUCCUCUGCGUGCAUUGUUGGCACCACCACACAGGGACCUGAGAACACCCCUCCACCCAAAGGUUUCAUUAGGCGUCUGAUCUGGCCUGGGCUCCUGAUGGUGAGCCUGACCUCCAACCUGGUGUUUGCCUCCUUCUACAUCUACAACAACUGGAGAUGAACUGCUGAUGAGUCUAUCUUCUUGUUAGUCGGUCUCUGUCCUUUGACAGCCCUGGUGUCUAUGGACCAGGAGGUAGGUCAGUGAUGCCAGAAAACAUUAGAUCUUCACCCACGUCACUCCCAUUCGAUUGGAGUUGGGGGGAAACUGUGGCAGAUCAGAUAUUAUGCCUUUUUAAUUUAUGAGUAAUGACUGCAUAUAACUCUUUUUCUUUUUGAGCAGGUCUUGUUUGUCUUUUGGUUUGUCACUGCUCCUCUUACAUGAAUGCAGGUGCAUGUGUAAUUGAUAUAAAAGGCUCAGUUCUUGCACAGACGCUGUGAAAUUGUGAGAUAAACAUGUCCUGUUGAGUUGAUGCUGCUGAAACACAGAGGGUCAUGUCUUACCCACUUACUAUGAACUGUAAUGACUGCAUCACCUCUCCCAACUGAGUAACAUUUCUGGUCCUGUACAAUAGCUACAUAUGAAACAUUAAGCAGCACGUUUGUUUGGUGUAAAAUUAUAGUUUUAGAUUUUGAAAUGUAGACACAUUUUCACUUGUAUGUCAUUACUUCACAGCACUGGUGUUUAAAACUUGAUCCUUUUUAUGUUUUACAAAAGUUUUGUUUUUUCAACGUUUUUUAAAUAAUGUUGAUUUUAUAUCUCAUAGUGACCAUCAUCACUACUUUUCACCAAUCAUUUUCUUAUAUUUUUAAAGAUUCACUGUUCAAAGGCUAGUUUAGGCAAAACUCCUCUGGCCAAGUGCAAUAUCUUUAUAUGAAAACAUUUUUUGUUUGUUUUCAAUCUAAAAAAAAUAAAUCACAUUUACAUGAUGUUUGCAUAAAAGUUUACUCCUAACUGAGCGGUGAACCAGUUUAUACAGAACCUCUCAUUGCGUCAAUAAUAUACUCGAUCAUUUGGAAUGCAUUUGCACUUGAUUGUUUUCUGAAUUGUUUUCCGCAUUUUGUGGAUUGUUUGGUUGUAUUUUGAUGUGACUUGAAAUUGUUCUCUUAUAGCUGAAGAGUGCAGAUGUGUGUUUAUGUUGAAGUUGAGAAACACAAAGUUGUACAUUUGGAACGUGUACAGAUUUGUAUCUUGUUUAUUUCCUCGAGAGUAAUUGUAUUGUUGAAUACAUGCACUGAAUUUGGGAGGAAUCCUUUUUGGGUGAGUUAUGUGGAUUGUCUCAGACACUUUGAGGUCAUUUGAGGUCAUUUAAAGUGUUGUCUUGAACCAAAGUAAAAAUGUAUGUAAAAUUAAGUUUCUGAGAAAACUUAAACCUGCUACUGAAAGACCUCUAAAUGACUGGUAAACCUAUCCUUAACAAUGUUUUUACUGAAUAAUUGUUGUUUAAAGGUGACCUGUCAACAUACUGUAUACAGACUAGUGCGUUUGUACUGAAUGUGUAACCCGGUGUUGUGUUCCUCUCUUAAGGAGGCUCAUUCAUUGGAAACUGAUGUACAUGUUGAAUUGUAAGUAUUAUGUCAACCAGCUCGAACUUUCCUGAAUGAGAAUUGUUUUCAGUAAAAUAUAAAAUGAGUUUAUUUUUGAGUUUUUAUUUAUAAAGUAAUGAAAGUACAUUGCCCUUUUUUCUUCCGGAAGUCAACACCAAGGUUUUACGGUCCUGAAAAGACUCUUACUAAUGGUUAUUCAACUGAGUUCAUCAGAGCAAAUGCUGUUUCUGUGUGAAUGUAAGGAACAACCUUUUUUAAAUAAAGUAUCUGUUCUUUA